AAUGCUACGACUUGGAUGCCAACUGCCGUUAAACUCUAAAGAAGAAGAAGAAGAAGAAGAAGAAAAAGAAGAAGAAGAAGUGCUCCUUCCGUAGUCUUUUGACUUGUUUACAUGAGCCUAUGCUGAGUAGAGUUUUGUGAAGAUGACGGACCAGAAAGCAGAAAAUAUCAGCUCUAUCCCCAUCGAUGGGUUCAGCAAUUUAAGAAUUACAUCGAUAUGGACAUUUCUCUUGUCUGUGCAGUGGUCGGAGCCUUGGCUAAUCGGGCUGUUAGUGUUUCAUGUUGUGUGUUUGUUUCUGACCGUGGUGACGUGCAGGUAUUACAGAGCUCAGAUAUGUCACUUCCUGCUCAUGGUUGGCUUGGUGUAUAGUGCUGAAUAUCUAAAUGAGCUGGCAGCAGUGAACUGGAGGUCCUUUUCUAAUUUCCAGUACUUCGAUUCCACGGGCAUGUUUAUAUCUUUGGUCUACUCUAUUCCUCUUCUGCUGAAUACAAUCAUGAUUGUGAUGGUGUGGGUGCACAGGACCUUUUCCACUAUGACCGAGCUGAAGACACUCCAGCUCAAGCGAAAGGCCCGCCGAGAGAAGAGAGAAAAGAAUGACUGAUCCCUCUUAUGUCCAAAAAUGGGCUUCAUUGGGAAGAAUAAGAAUCUGUGUCUCUGAAAUGCUAAUCCUGACUUUUGGCAGAUUCUUGUUCUUGUGACCGUACAAAAGAUUGUUCGUUGAUGUCGGUCAAGACUGGGUGUCUGUUUUUUGGUAGUGGCUUUUGAAAGAUGCCGCUGAAUGUACAGUACACUAUGAGAUAAAUGAGAACCAAAGGA